AUGUCUUCUUUCAGGUGUCUUCUUUCAUUCAGCUGUGUCUUCUUUCAGGUGUUUUUCUUUCAUGAGAUGCGUCUUCUUUCAGGUGUCAUCUUUCAGGUGUCUUCUUUCAUGACCCGCGUCUUCUUUCAUGAGCUGUGUCUUCUUUCAGGUGUUUUCUUUCAUGAGAUGCGUCUUCUUUCAGGUGUCAUCUUUCAGGUGUCUUCUUUCAUGACCCGCGUCUUCUUUCAUGAGCUGUGUCUUCUUUCAGGUGUUUUCUUUCAUGAGAUGCGUCUUCUUUCAGGUGUCAUCUUUGAGGUGUCUUCUUUCAUGACCCGCGUGUUUUUCUUUCAUGAGAUGCGUCUUCUUUCAGGUGUCAUCUUUCAGGUGUCUUCUUUUCAUGACCCACUGUCUUCUUUCUUUCAUGAGCUGUGUCUUCUUUCAGGUGUUUUUUCUUUCAUGAGCUCUGUCUUCUUUCAGGUGUCUUCUUUCAUGACCCGUGUCUUCUUUCAUGAGCUGUGUCUUCUUUCAGGUGUUUUCUUUCAUGAGAUAUGUCUUCUUUCAGGUGUUUUCUUUCAUGAGAUGCGUCUUCUUUCAGGUGUCAUCAUUCAGGUGUCUUCUUUCAUGACCCGUGUCUUCUUUCAUGAGCUGUGUCUUCUUUCAGGUGUUUUCUUUUCCCCGUGUCUUCUUGAGCUGUGUCUUCUUUCAGGUGUUUUCUUUCAUGAGAUGUCAUCUUCUUUUUCAGGCUGUGUCAUCUUUCAGGUGUCUUCUUUCAUGACCCGCGUCUUCUUUCAUGAGCUGUGUCUUCUUUCAGGUGUUUUAUUUCAUGAGCUGUGUCUUCUUUCAGGAGUCUUCUUUCAUGACCCGUGUCUUCUUUCAUCUUUCAUGAGCUGUGUCUUCUUUCAGGUGUUUUCUUUCAUGAGAUAUGUCUUCUUUCAGGUGUUUUCUUUCAUGAGCUGUGUCUUCUUUCAGGUGUUUUCUUUCAUGAGAUGCGUCUUCUUUCAGGUGUUUUCUUUCAUGAGCUCUGUCUUCUUUCAGGUGUCUUCUUUCAUGACCCGUGUCUUCUUUCAUGAGCUGUGUCUUCUUUCAGGUGUUUUCUUUCAUGAGAUAUGUCUUCUUUCAGGUGUUUUCUUUCAUGAGCUGUGUCUUCUUUCAGGUGUUUUCUUUCAUGAGAUGCGUCUUCUUUCAGGUGUCAUCUUUCAGGUGUCUUCUUUCAUGACCCGCGUCUUCUUUCAUGAGCUGUGUCUUCUUUCAGGUGUUUUCUUUCAUGAGAUGCGUCUUCUUUCAGGUGUCAUCUUUCAGGUGUCUUCUUCUUUCAUGACCUUUCAUGAGUGUCUUCUUUCUUUCAUCUUUCAUGACCUUUCAUGUGUCUUCUUUCAUGAGCUGUGUCUUCUUUCAGGUCUUUCAGGUUUUUCUUUCAUGAGAUAUGUGUCUUCUUUCAUGUGUGUCUUCUUUUUCAUGAGCUCUGUCUUCUUUCAGGUGUUUUCUUUCAUGGAUAUGUCUUCUUUCUUCUUUUUCAUGAGCUGUGUCUUCUUUCAGGUGUUUUCUUUCAUGAGAUGCGUCUUCUUUCAAGGUGUGUUUUCUUUCAUGAGAUAUGUCUUCUUCUUUCUUUCAUGGCUGUGUCUUCUUUCAGGUGUUUUCUUUCAUGAGAUCUCUUCUUUCUUCUCUUUCAGGUGUUUUUUCUUUCAUGAGAUAUGUCUUCUUUCAGGUGUUUUCUUUCUCUUCUUUCAUGAGCUGUGUCUUCUUUCAGGUGUUUUCUUUCAUGAGUGCGUCUUCUUUCAGGUGUCAUCUUUCAGCUGUCUUCUUUCUUUUUCUUUCAUGAGUGUUUUCUUUCAGGUGUCAUAUGUCUUCUUUCAGGUCUUCUUUCAUGUGUGUCUUCUUUCAGGUGUUUUCUUUCAUAGCUCUGUCUCUUUCAGUCUUUUUCUUUCUUCUUUCAUGAGCUGUGUCUUCUUUCAGGUUUUUUUUCAUGUUUUUCUUUCAUGUCAUUUUCAGGUGUCUUCUUUCAUGACCCGUGUCUUCUUUCAUGCGUGUUUUCUUUCUUUCAUGAUGCGUCUUCUUUCAGGUGUCAUCUUUCAGGUGUCUUCUUUCAUGUGCGUCUUCUUUCAUGAGCUGUGUCUUCUUUCAGGUGUCUUCUUUCAUGGCUGUUCUUCUUUUUCUUUCAUGAGCUGUGUCUUCUUUCAGGUGUUUUCUUUCAUGAGAUGCGUCUUCUUUCAUCUUUCAGGUGUCUUCUUUCAUCUUUUUCAGGUGUCUUCUUUCAUGACCCUGUCUUCUUUCUUUUCUUUCAUGAGCUUCUUUCAUGAGCUGUCUUCUUUCAGGUGUUUUUUCUUUCAUGAAUAUGUCUUCUCAGGUGUUUUCUUUUUCAUAUGUCUUCUUUCAGGUGUUUUCUUUCAUGAGAUGCGUCUUCUUUCAGGUGUCAUCUUUCAGGUGUCUUCUUUCAUGAGCCUUCUUUCAGCGUCUUCUUUCAUGUCUUCUUUCAUGACUGUGUCUUCUUUCAGGUGUCUUCUUUUUUUUUCUUUCAUGAGCUGCGUCUUCUUUCAGGUGUUUUCUUUCAUGAGUCUUCUUUCAUACAGGUGCAUCUUCUUUCUUUUCUUUCAUGAGGUGUUUUUCUUUCAUGAGAUGCGUCUUCUUUCAGGUGUCAUCUUUCAGGUGUCUUCUUUCAUGACCCGCGUCUUCUUUCAUGUGUCUUCUUUCAGGUGUUUUUCUUUCAUGAAUGUCUUCUUUCAGGUGUUUUCUUUCAUCAUGUCUUGGGCUAGGUGUCUUCUUUUUCAGGUGACCUUUCAGGUGUCUUCUUUCAUGAGCUUCUUUCGUGUCUUCUUUCAGGUGUUUUCUUUCAUGAGAUGCGUCUUCUUUCAAGUCUUCUUUCAGGUGUCUUCUUUCAUGACCCGUGUCUUCUUUCAUGAGCUGUGUCUUCUUUCAGGUGUUUUCUUUCAUGAGAUAUGUCUUCUUUCAGGUGUCUUCUUUCUUUCUUUCAUGAGAUGCGUCUUCUUUCAGGUGUCAUCUUUCAGGUGUCUUCUUCUUCUUUCAGGUGUCUUUCUUCUUUCAGCUUGUCUUUUCAUGACCCAGUGUGUUUUCUUUCAUGAGAUAUGUCUUCUUUCAGGUGUGUUUUCUUUCUUUCAUGAGCUGUGUCUUCUUUCAGGUGUUUUCUUUCAUGAGAUGCGUCUUCUUUCAGGUGUCAUCUUUCAGGUUCAUCUCUUCUUUCAUGACCUUCUUUCGUGUUUUCUUUUCAUGAGCUCUGUCUUCUUUCAGGUGGCUUCUUUCAUUCAGUGUGUUUUCUUUCAUGAGCUGUGUCUUCUUUCAGGUGUUUUCUUUCAUGACCCGUGUCUUCUUUCAGGUGUUUUCUUUCAUGAGCUGUGUCUUCUUUCAGGUGUUUUCUUUCAUGAGAUGCGUCUUCUUUCAGGUGUCAUCUUUCAGGUGUCUUCUUUCAUGACCCCGCGUCUUCUUUCAUGGCUGUGUCUUCUUUCAGGUGUGUCUUCUUUCAUGACCCGUGUCUUCUUUCAUGAGCUGUGUCUUCUUUCAGUUGUUUUCUUUCAUGAGAUAUGUCUUCUUUCAGGUGUGUUUUCUUUCAUGAGAUAUGUCUUCUUUCUUUUUCAGGUGUGUCUUCUUUCAGGUGUCUUCUUUCAUGACCCUUUCGUCUUCUUUCAUGAGCUGUGUCUUCUUUCAGGUGUUUUCUUUCAUGAGAUGCGUCUUCUUUCAGGUGUCAUCUUUCAGGUGUCUUCUUUCAUGACCCGCGUCUUCUUUCAUGAGCUGUGUCUUCUUUCAGUUGUUUUCUUUCAUGAGAUAUGUCUUCUUUCAGGUGUCUUCUUUCAUGACCUGUGUCUUCUUUCUUUUUCUUUCAUGAGGAUGUGUCUUCUUUCAGGUGUGUUUUCUUUCAUGAGAUGCGUCUUCUUUCAGGUGUCAUCUUUUCAGGUGUCUUCUUUCAUGACCCGUGUCUUCUUUCAUGACUCUGUCUUCUUUCAGGUGUUUUUCUUUCAUGAGAUGCGUCUAUCUUCUUUCAGGUGUUUCUUCUUUCAUUUCUUCUUUCAUGAGCUGUGUCUUCUUUCAGGUGUUUUCUUUCAUGAGAUGCGUCUUCUUUCAGGUGUCUUCUUUCAGGUGUCUUCUUUCAUGACCCGCGUCUUCUUUCAUGAGCUGUGUCUUCUUUCAGCUGUGUCUUCUUUCAGGUGUUUUUCUUUCAUGAGAUAUGUCUUCUUUCAGGUGUCUUCUUUCAGCUGUGUCUUCUUUCAUGACCUUUCAUGUCUUCUUUCUUUCAUGAGCUGUGUCUUCUUUCAGGUGUUUUCUUUCUUUCAUGAGUCUGUCAUCUUUCAGGUGUUUUCUUUCAUGACCUUCUUUCAGUGUCUUCUUUCAGGUGUCUUCUUUCAUGCCCGUGUCUUCUUUCAUGAGUGUGUCUUCUUUCAGGUGUUUUCUUUCAUGAGAUAUGUCUUCUUUCAGGUGUUUUCUUUCCAGGUGUCUUCUUUCAUGACCCGAUCUUCUUUCAUGUGUGUCUUCUUUCAGGUGUUUUUUCUUUCAUUUCAGCUCUGUCUUCUUUCAGGUGUUUCUUCUUUCUUCUUUCACCGUGUCAUCUUUCAGGUGUCUUCUUUUCAUGAGCUCUUCUUUCAUGUCUUCUUUCAGGUGUUUUUCUUUCAUGGCUUCUUUCAGUCUUCUUUCAGGUGUCUUCUUUCAUGUCUUCUUUCAGGUGUCUUCUUUCAGGUGUGUUUCUUUCAUAGCUCUGUCUUCUUUUCUUUCAUGAGCUGUGUCUUCUUUCAGGUGCUGUGUUUUUCUUUCAUGAGAUGCGUCUUCUUUCAGGUGUCAUCUUUCAUGACCCGUGUCUUCUUUCAUGACCCGUUGUUUUCUUUCAUGAGCUGUGUCUUCUUUCAGGUGUUUUCUUUCAUGAGAUGUGUCUUCUUUCAGGUGUUUUCUUUCAUGAGCUUCUUUCAGUGUCUUCUUUCAGGUGUUUUCUUUCAUGAGUUUUCUUUCAUGCGUCUUCUUUCAGGUGUUUUCUUUUCGCCGAGCUCUCUUUUUCAGGUGUCUUCUUUCAUGACCCGUGUCUUCUUUCAUGAGCUGUGUCUUUCUUUUUUCUUUCAUGAGAUGUGUCUUCUUUCAGGUGUUUUCUUUCAUGAGCUCUGUCUUCUUUCAGGUGUCUUCUUCUUCUUUCAUGGUGUCUUCUUUCAUUGUGUCUUCUUUCAGGUGUUUUCUUUCAUGAGAUGCGUCUUCUUUCAGGUCAUCUUUCAUCUUCUUUCAGGUGUCUUCUUUCAUGACUUCUUUCAGGGUCUUCUUUCAGGUGUCUUCUUUCUUUCUUCUUUCAUCUGUGUCUUCUUUCAGGUGUUUUUCUUUCAUGAGUCUUCUUUCUGUUUCUUUUCUUUCAGGUGUCUUCUUUCAGGUGUCUUCUUUCAUGACCCGUAUCUGUCUUCUUUCAGGUGUCUUUUCUUUUUCAUGACCCGUGUCUUCUUUCAUGAGCUGUGUCUUCUUUCAGGUGUCAUCUUUCAUGAGGUGUCUUCUUUCAUGACCCGUGUCUUCUUUCAGGCUGUGUCUUCUUUCAGGUGUUUUCUUUCAGAUGCGUCUUCUUUCAGGUGUCAUCUUUCAGGUGUCUUCUUUCAUGACCCGUCUUCUCUUCUUCUUUCAGGUGUUUUCUUUCGCGAGCUGUGUCUUCUUUCAGGUGUCUUCUUUCAUGAGCUUCUUCUGUUUUUCUUCUUCUUUCAGGUGUUUCUUUCUUUCAUUCAGAUAUGUCUUCUUUCAGGUGUCUUCUUUCAUGAGCUAUGUCUUCUUUCAGUGUUUUCUUUCAUGAGCUCUUCUUCUUUCAGUGUCUUCUUUCAGGUGUUUUCUUUCAUGAGAUAUGUCUUCUUUCAGGUGUUUUCUUUCAUGAGAUUGUCUUUUUUUGUCUUCUUCUUUCAGGGGUCAUCUUUCAGGUGUCUUCUUUUCAUGACCCGUGUCUUCUUUCUUGAGCUGUGUCUUCUUUCAGGUGUCUUCUUUCAUGACCCGCGUCUUCUUUUCAUGAGCUGUGUCUUCUUUCAGGUGUUUUCUUUCAUGAGCUCUGUCUUCUUUCAGGUGUCUUCUUUCAUGACCCGUGUCUUCUUUCAUGAGCUGUGUCUUCUUUCAGGUGUUUUCUUUCAUGAGAUAUGUCUUCUUUCAGGUGUUUUCUUUCAUGAGCUCUGUCUUCUUUCAGGUGUGUUUUCUUUCUUUCAGAUAUGUCUUCUUUCAGGUGUUUUCUUUCAUGGCUCUGUCUUCUUUCAUGGUGUCAUCUUUUUCAGGGUGUCUUUCUUUCAUGACCCAGUGUCUUCUUUCAUGUUUUCUUUCUGUGUCUUCUUUCAGGUGUCUUCUUUCAUUGUCUUCUUUCAUGAGCUGUGUCUUCUUUCAGGUGGGUCUUUCUUUCAUGGUGUGUCUUCUUUCAGGGGUCUUCUUUCAUGGUGUGUCUUCUUUCAUGUUUCCCAGAUAUGUCUUCUUUCAUGGGUGUCUUCUUUCAGGUGUUUCUUUCAGCUGUGUCUUCUUUCAGGUGUUUUCUUUCAUGAGAUGCGUGUUCUUUCUUUCUUUCAGGUGUCUUCUUUCAUGACCCGUGUCUUCUUUCAUGAGCUGUGUCUUCUUUCAUGUGUUUUUUUUCUCUUUCAUGUCUUCUUUCCAGGUGUCUUCUUUCAUUUCUUUCAGAUGUGUCUUCUUUCAGGUGUCUUCUUUCAUGAGUCUUCUUUCAUGAGCUGUUUCUUUCAGGUGUUUUCUUUCAUGAGCUGUGUCUUCUUUCAGGUGUCUUCUUUCAUGAGGCUGUGUCUUCUUUCAGGUGUUUUCUUUCAUGAGCUGUGUCUUCUUUCAGGUGUUCUUCUUUCAGGUGUCAUCUUUCAGGUGUCUUCUUUCAUGACCCGUGUCUUCUUUCAUGAGCUGUGUCUUCUUUCAGGUGUUUUCUUUCGCAGGCUGUCUUCUUUUCUUUUCAGGUGUCUUCUUUCAUUUCAUAGAUGUCCUUUCAGUGUCUUCUUUCAUGAGCUCUGUCUUCUUUCAGGUGUUUUCUUUCAUGACCCAUGUCUUCUUUCUGUUCUUUCAUGUGUUUUCUUUCAUGAGCUGUGUCUUCUUUCAGGUGUCUUCUUUCAUGACCCGUCUUCUUUCAUGAGCUGUGUCUUCUUUCAGGUGUUUUCUUUCAUGAGAGCUCUGUCUUCUUUCAGGUGUCUUUCUUUUCUUUCAUGGCUAUGUCUUCUUUCAUGUGUUUUCUUUGUCUUCUUUCAGGUGUUUUUCUUUCAUGAGAUAUGUCUUCUUUUCUUUCAGGUGUUUCUUUCUUUCUUCUUUCAUGAGUGUGUCUUCUUUCAUGAGAUGUGUCUUCUUUCAGGGGUCAUCUUUCAGGUGUCUUCUUUCAUGACCCGUGUCUUCUUUCAUGAGCUGUGUCUUCUUUCAGGUGUGUCUUCUUUCAUGACCCGUGUCUUCUUUCAUGAGCUGUGUCUUCUUUCAGGUGUUUUCUUUCAUGAGCUCUGUCUUCUUUCAGGUGUCUUCUUUCAUGGUGUCUUCUUUCAUGACCCAUGUGUUUUCUUUCAUGACCUGUGUCUUCUUUCAGGUGUUUUCUUUCAUGAGCUCUGUCUUCUUUCAGGUGUCUUCUUUUUCAUGUCAUCUUUUCACCCUUUCAUGAGUGUCUUCUUUCAUGAGCUGUGUCUUCUUUCAGGUGUUUUCUUUCAUGAGAUGUGUCUUCUUUCAGGUGUCUUCUUUCAUGAGCUCUGUCUUCUUUCAGGUGUCUUCUUUCAUGAGUCUUCUUUCUCUGUCUUCUUUCAGGUGUCUUCUUUCAUGAGAUAUGUGUUUCUUUCAGUGUUUUCUUUCAUGAGCUGUCUUCUUUCCAGUGUCUUCUUUCAUGACCCAUCUCUGUCUUCUUUCUUUCUUUCAGGUGUCUUCUUUCAUGAGCUGUGUCUUCUUUCAUGUUUUCUUUCAUGUCUUCUUUCAGGUGUUUUCUUUCAUGAGAUGUGUCUUCUUUCAUGUCUUCUUUCUUUCUUCUUUCAGGUGUUUUUCUUUCAUGAGAUCUGUCUUCUUUCAGGGUCUUCUUUCAUGUCUUCUUUCAGGCUAUGUCUUCUUUCAUGUUUUUCUUUCAUGAUCCUGUCUUCUUUCAUGACCUGUGUCUUCUUUCAUGAGCUGUGUCUUCUUUCAGGUCUUCUUUCAGGUUCUUCUUUCAUGACCCUGUGUCUUUUCUUUCAGGUGUUUUCUUUCAUGAGGCUGUGUCUUCUUUCAGGUGUUUUCUUUCAUGAGAUGCUUUCAGGUGUCUUCUUUUUCUUCUUUCGCAGGCUAUGUCUUCUUUCAGGUGUUUUCUUUGUGUCUUCUUUCAGCUAUGUCUUCUUUCAGGUGUUUUCUUUCAUGUCUUCUUUCAUAUGUGUCUUCUUUCUUUCAGGGUCAUCUUUCUUUCUUUUCAUGACCCGUGUCUUCUUUCAUGAGCUGUGUCUUCUUUCAGGUGUUUUCUUUCAUGAGAUCUGUCUUCUUUCAGGUGUCUUCUUUCAUGACCCGUGUCUUCUUUCAUGGGCUCAUUUUCUUUCAGGUGUUUUCUUUCUUCUUUCCACCCGUGUCUUCUUUCAUGAGCUGUGUCUUCUUUCAGGUUUUUCUUUCAUGAGCUCUGUCUUCUUUCAGGUGUCUUUUUCAGGUGUUUUCUUUCAUGAGCUGUGUCUUCUUUCUUUUUCUUUCAUGUCAUCUUUUUCAGGUGUCUUCUUUCAUGACCCGUGUCUUCUUUCAUGA